AUGCCUGGGAGGGUUCUGCCGACGUUCACCUCCGCCGAGGUUGAAUCCCAUAACACCGAGAAAUCUUGCUACAUCACUCUGGGACGCAACGUAUACGAUGUGACUGAUUUCCUGGAUGCUCACCCCGGUGGUGGAGAUCUCAUCUUGGAGUAUGGAGGCAAAGAUACAACAGAGAUCCUGAAGGACGAGAUUUCUCACGAACACUCCGACGCUGCCUACGAAAUUCUCGACGAAUACCACAUUGGCUUCGUCGGCGAGGCUACACCAGGAAAGACAACAACCACCGUCAUCGAGACGGUCACCGAGACCGAGGAUGGGCCCAUAUAUGCAAGCACCGGAAUGUCGCGCGCGGAGGACCUGUCGGUCGACACAGACUACAGCCAGGAUUUCAAGACCCACAAGUUCCUGGAUCUCAACAAGCCGCUUCUGAUGCAACUCUGGAGAAGCAAUUUCUCCAAGGAGUUCUACCUUGAACAAAUCCACCGGCCUCGUCACUACAAGGGCGGCGAAUCUGCGCCUCUCUUCGGAAACUUCCUCGAGCCCCUCAGCAAGACUUCAUGGUACGUCGUGCCGAUUGUCUGGCUGCCACCCGUCUUCUAUUUGAUUAGUGUUGGAGCCACCGGACUCGGUGCCUCAUCUGCCGCCGGCUACUUCACGGUUGGCCUGGCUCUGUGGACUUUGAUUGAGUAUUUGAUGCACCGAUUCCUCUUCCAUCUUGACGCAUGGCUUCCGGACAACCGCGUGGGUCUGACUCUUCAUUUCCUGCUCCAUGGUAUCCACCACUAUCUUCCCAUGGAUAAGUACCGCCUUGUCAUGCCACCGACACUCUUCGUCGCCCUGGCCGCUCCAUUCUACAAGCUGGCACACGCAGUCUUCUUCUACAACUGGUAUGCGGCUGUGUCUGUGUUCUGCGGUGGAGUCUUUGGGUACAUUUGCUACGACCUUACUCAUUACUUCCUGCACCACCGCAAACUCCCCUCCUACUACCAGAGCCUCAAGAAGUACCAUCUGGAGCACCACUUUGCGGAUUAUGAGAACGGCUUUGGCGUGACCAGCAGGUUCUGGGACAGAAUCUUCGGUACCGAGCUGGUGACUCCUCCCCCAAGGGAGCCAAGAAGGCUCAGUGAUCAAGUUCUGUUUCACUGCCCUCGUUCAUGA